AUUCCGCUUUUGAAAUGUCUCGUCAAUUCCUCGAUGCUAAGAUCAGCGACCUCGUCACGCAGCUCAAGCUGGAUGAGAAGAUCUCUCUGCUUUCUGGCCCUGACUGGUGGAAUACAACAGCUAUUGAACGCCUGCAUAUUCCUUCUGUGCGGAUGAGCGAUGGCCCUAACGGGGUCAGAGGUUCCUCACAUUUCCUUCCGACUCCAGCACAGUGUCUUCCUUGUGCGACGCUGCUCGCAGCGACAUUCGAUCAGCGACUUAUUCGCGAGGCCGGUCAAUUCCUCGCAGAAGAGGCCAAGCUCAAGUCAUCCGUCAUCCUUCUUGCUCCUACCUGCAACAUACAGCGCUCGCCUCUAGGUGGUCGGGCAUUUGAGUCAUUCUCCGAAGAUCCUCAUCUUUCUGGUAUUUUGUCUGCUGCGUAUGUGACAGGUUUACAAUCCAAGGGUGUCGCCGCCACGAUCAAGCACUUCGUGGGAAACGAUCAAGAGCAUGAACGCACGGCAGCUGAAUCGGUCAUGUCUGAUCGUGCUUUGCGAGAGAUAUAUCUAUACCCGUUCAUGCUUGCGCAGAAGAUAUCUCGGCCCUGGGCAUACAUGACUUCAUAUGGACGCAUCGGUGGGGUUCACUGUUCCGAAAAUCCAGGUCUCCUGCAGAAGAUACUACGCGAUGAAUGGCAGUUUGACGGCAUCGUGAUCAGUGACUGGCAUGGAACGUAUGGCACGUCUGAGGCUCUCAACGCUGGCCUCGAUCUCGAAAUGCCCGGUCCCCCACGCUGGCGCACACCGAACCUCAUGUACCACUCGCUUUCUUCUCAAAAGCUGAGGACCCAGGUCAUUGACGAGCGGGUAACCGCUCUGCUCACCUUCGUCCAAAAGCUUGCACGACAGAAUUCUGACGUUGUUUACGGUGACAACGUCGAGCGAUCGCGUGACUCUCCUGUAUUGCGUGCCUUUGCCCGCCGCUUGGCAUCGAGCGGCGUCGUCGUGCUCAAAAACGAUAAUACUGUGUUGCCACUGACACCCAAGGGUACUCGAAAGAUCGCUGUCAUCGGACCCAAUGCCCGCGCACGGGUUAUCUCUGGAGGCGGGUCGGCUGCUCUCAAACCCACCUAUGUCAUCACACCAUUGGAAGGAAUUAUCAACAGUGCUGCCGAGGAUAUUGAGAUACGGUAUGAACUCGGAUGUUAUGCACACAAAUAUCUUCCAACGCUCGAGAGCAGUCUCACCACUCCGACAGGCAGGCCCGGAUGGCUCUGCUCUUUUUAUAGUCAUAGUAGGAAUGGAGAGGUGGACGAACCUGUAGCAGAAUAUAUAGUCGAAGAUACGCGCAUAAAAUUAAACGACUUCUUGCCGCAGGGUCUCACACCCACAUGGUCGAUCAAACUCAGGGGAGCCCUUGCGGUGGACACGACUGGGCCGUUUGAAUUCGGAUUGACCGUGGCAGGCCGUGCGAAGCUCUGGAUCGAUGGACAUAUGACAAUCGAUAAUUGGACAAGGCAGACACCAGGCGAUUUCUUCUAUGGACAAGGGACUAUAGAGGAAAAAGCUGUAGUCAAUGUCACUGCGGGAAAAACUCUGGAAAUCCUGGUAGAGUACACAAAUACUCCGCCACAGGUGGAUGGCCCAGGUCCCGAGCGCAACUUUGGGCAGCCUGCUUUGAUGCGGGGAGUCCGAUUGGGGGGUGCAGAGAAGAUUGUCGAGGAGAGAGCCAUUCAAGACGCGGUCGACCUAGCAUCUGACUCCGAUGUUGCCAUCAUCGUCAGUGGCCUUACACCUGAAUGGGAGGGCGAGGGGUUCGACAGGCCAUCACUUCGGCUGCCUGGCCUCCAAGACGAAUUGAUAGCCAGAGUUGCCGAAGCCAAUAAAAAUACAGUUGUUGUACUUCAAGCUGGCUCUGCAGUAUCGAUGCCGUGGGCUGACCAAGUCGCGGGACUAGUGCAAGCAUGGUAUCAAGGUAACGAGGCCGGGAAUGCACUGGCAGAUGUACUAUUUGGCAAAGUGAACCCUUCUGGACGGCUCCCACUCACGUUUCCUGCGCGCAUUGAGGACGUACCGGCAUUUCCGAACCUGUACAGCGAGAACGGGCAGAUUCACUACCGCGAAGAUCUGUUCGUGGGCUAUAAACACUAUCAAGCUAGAGGCAUUCGCCCUCUCUUCCCGUUCGGACAUGGACUUUCGUACACGAAUUUUGAGCUUUCAGACUUGAAGAUAUCUGAGCCAUCGUCCCAUGACACUGCCUUCAAAGUAGAGGUCAAAGUUUCCGUGAAAAACACAGGUGCCGUGGCUGGAUCGGAGGUGGUGCAGCUGUACAUCACCUACCCUGAUGUGGGUGUGACCAUUCCCAAGCUGCAGCUGCGUGGGUUCGCCAAGGCGUAUGACCUAGCACCAGGGGAAUCAAAGACGGUUAUUAUUCAUCUCGAUCGAUAUGCGAUUUCCUUUUGGGAUACUCAGAAGGGUCGGUGGAUGGCAAAGGAAGGAGCAUAUGGGAUUUUGGUGGGGCACAGCAGCUUGAAUUUACCAUUGCAGGGAGAGGUCGAGUUGAAGACGAGCUUCUGGUGGAAAGGUAUUUAGAGAAAUGAGGGCUCAGGAGUUUAUGAAAAGUAAAACAUACAGAAAUAUCACAGCCCUCCGGGCACUGCCUGGGCC